AUGAAGUGUCUGCUUCUCCUGUGCACAGGAUUGACCCAUGUUCUGGGGAACGUCAAGAAUACCGGCCCCGACGCACUCUGUGUCUUUCCCCAGCCUCUCGCACACUCCUUGAUCUGCACCGUCAAGGAUGUUGUAGACCCGCUCACCACCGCUCGGGACCGCGUCUCGUCUAACUCUUCAGGCUUACCAACAAGUUCUCUCUGGACUGGGAUUUCUCGAUGCUUCAAAGAAGGGCUUGAAUCUCCCGAAUUUUGCAUUUACAUCAAGGAAGACUACGGAGGCAAGGGCAUGGCUGUCAUAACCGAGGCCGAGACUGCCAGUCAUAUUGUGAAUAGUCGGGGGUUUACCGAACCAAGCUAUCUUAUGGGUACCAAUCAGAUAUCGCCAAAGAUUAAGGUCGCGGCUAUUCCUGGCAAAGAAUAUGGAUUGGUAGCCACUGAACGUAUCGCACGGGGUGAGGUGAUUCUCAAAGAGACCGCCAGUCUUCUGGUUGACUGCUCAGCACUCGAAUCGAUGCCACGAAACCAGCUGGACAUCAUGAGAGCUCAUGCAGUAGGCCUGUUGAAUUCCCAUCAUCGGAAUCAGGUCAUGAAUCUGUCUACGCACGGAUACCAUGGAGGCGAGGUAUCUACCGUCGCUGCAAUUGCCAAGAACAAUAUGUUUUCGAUCAGCACCAAUAGCAGCCGUACUGACGACCGGUUUUAUGCACUGUUUGCUCAAACUUCUCGCCUGAAUCACGAUUGCCGCCCCAACAUCGACUACUGGUUUGAUCCUCGGACUCUCACACAGCGCACAACCGCCCUUCGCGACAUCGUCCCCGGCGAAGAGCUCACAAUCAGUUAUGUCGAGCCUUUGCAAUCUCGCGAUGACAGGCAGAAUCGUCUGCACUCCAACUGGGGCUUCAAUUGCAGCUGUCAUUUUUGCAAACAAUCUGAUCUCAUGACUGAAGCCUCAGACAAACGAAUAGCACAAAUCUACUCACUGCUUGAGGAGCUGAAGGAUCACUCGCCUCAGUCAAAUGCUACACCACAAAUGGCCGAGCUUCUUAUAUCUCUGUAUCACCAAGAGCACAACUGGAGUUUCCUUAGUGAGGCCUACAUGCUUGCUGCAAUUGAAUACAGCGGUGUUGGAGAGCCGUGGCUUGCGAGAAAGUAUGCUAGCCUAGCAAUCGAUGCUGGUCUCCUCUCUCUGUGGGAAGAUCAUAGACACGUCAAAGAUAUGGAAGAUCUCGCGAGGGAUCCCUGGUCACAUUGGAGUUGGAUGCUGAGAAAACAUUAA